AUGCCUGAUCCUCCAGAGAAAUCGUCUCCUGUGAAGCACCAGCAUACAUCCACUCUCGCUGCUCCACCGACUCUAUCCCUACCAGCAUCACAGCCAUUACCAUCCAAUUUCGGCUCUCCUAGUGGUCCUACGGUAAACAUCAUUCCUGGGACUCCCGCGGCAGAGAUCCAUGAAUCCUCGUAUGCGAUCCCGACUUUUGCACAGCGUGUUGCAUCACCACCGGGAUCAGUCAGCUCUCAUCAAUUCCUCAGUGAGAAGGAUCUACUCUCACCUACAAGAUCAUUUCGACGAGCCGAUACCUUUCGUUUCGAAGAUGAGCUCGAAAUUGCACGAGCUGAGCAAUUAGCCCAAGAAGCUACCGUUCAGGAUAAGACCUCGCACAAGGGUACCAGGCUAACGUCGAAGACGACAGCUGCUCAGGAUGAUUUUGACCGUCUGGCGAACCGGAAGGAGCAUGGGCAGCACCCUGGAUUAUGGAGACCGCCAAAGGAGCCAAUCACUGCUUUCGGGAAGCUGUUCUUGAAGUUGCAUCAUUACUCCAUCCUCACCCGGUACUUCUUCUACAUGCUGCCAGUGGCACUCGUCAUCCUCAUCCCUUUGUUUAUCGGAGCUUUCACAUUCUACGACGCCAGCAUUGGCGGCGUGAGAAUGAUGUGGUUCUUCAUCUGGGUGGAAAUCCUCUGGCUGACCCUCUGGGGUGCCAAGAUCGUCUCGAAGGCCGUACCUCCGAUUAUUGGUGUGAUUUGCGGUACCUUCACGAACAGCUUCAAGAAAUGGAGGAACGUUGCUGGACAACUCGAACUCCCUAUCACCCUCUUCCUGUGGACACUCAGUUUCUGGGUCAGUUUCUUGCCAUUGAUGAAGCAUAAUCAUGUCGAUGGGAAUAUCGCUACAAAGGAUUGGGAAACAUUGAUGAACCGCGUUCUUCUUAGUUUGUUCAUUGCUAUGGUGAUGAACGUCGUCGAGAAGGUCAUCAUUCAGAUGAUCGCUCUCAACUUUCACGAGCGUCAGUACGAGGAUCGUAUCACGCUUUCCAAAUUCCAGAUUUCGAGUUUGGCGAAGAUGUACCAGUUCUCUCGCGAACGACUGAAGAACGUGGAAGAUGAGGAGUUUGAGCUGCCUGAUCCUGAUCAACUCCCGUCUGGUGCUCGCACACCAAGACAAAACAUCAGGAGUGUCGCCAAGACUGUCGGGAAGCAGGCGAAGCGUGGUCUCAACGCAGCUACCGACGUCGUCGGUAAGGUGGCCGGCGAGAUUGCAGGUCGUCGUGUCGCCAUGACCACGGAUGCUCUACAGGUUGUUCUUACCCUUCUCAGUACCACUCGCGGUUCCCAGACUCUCGCACGCAGAAUCUACAAAUCCUUCUGCACUGACGGGGAAACCGUGUCAACUGACGAAGGUGAAGAGGAAGUUGUCAAGAUGGAUACCCUAGCCGACGCAUUCGAUAGCCAGGACGAAGCCGAAGCCGCCUUUCAAAUGUUUGAUAAAGACAUGAACGGCGACGUUACCUGCGAAGAAAUCGAGAUGGCCUGUGUCGAGGUCGGUCGUGAGAGGAAGGCUAUCACGACUUCCUUGAAAGAUCUCGAUAAUGCUGUAAGCAAGCUGGACGAUAUCUUUACGUUUAUCGUUGCAGUGAUUGCGCUUAUUGUCUUCGUGAGUUUGAUUUCGAGGAGUGUUUCGGGGAUUCUCACAACUGCUGGCUCGACCUUGCUUGCGCUGUCUUGGCUGUUCUCGGGAACUGCGCAGGAAAUCCUGGCGUCUCUUGUCUUUAUCUUCGUUAAGCAUCCGUUUGAUGUCGGAGAUCGUGUUGAUGUGCCCGUGAAUGGUACUGUCACUUCGCUCAUUGUCAAGGAGAUCCGCCUCAUGGCAACGGAGUUCAGGAUGCUUGAUGGGCGUAUCGUGCAAGCACCCAACUCUAUCUUGAACACCGUUUUCAUUCUCAACAUGCGCCGCACGGGUGGUGUCGCUGAAGGUGCACCCGUCAUCCUCAAGUUCGGCACAACAUUGGAACAGAUCGACGCCUUAAGACAAGCCAUGCUCGACUUCGUCCGCUCCGAAAAGCGAGACUUCAAGCCGGAUAUCCUGACAGAGUUGACCGACGUACCCGAACUCCACUCCGUCAAACUCAGCGUUAUCUUCUUCCACCGCUCUAACUGGCAAAACGAAGGCCUCCGCAUCGCGAGGAGAAACAAGUUCAUGUGUGCACUCAUGGUCAACCUGCAACUGCUCAAGAUCGAGUCCCCAAACAACCUCUGGCCUGGCACGACCCAGACUACGCCGAUGUAUGUUCAUCACUUCAACAAUGGUGCGAUGGGUUCUCCGCCGAAUUAUGCUACCUCGCCGCCUUCGCCUUCGGGGUCUCCGCCAGGGUCUGCGAGU